CUGCUGUGGGCACCCACCCAGGAGGGAAAAAGCGGGAGGCUGUGGAAACUCCUCUGAAAUUACUCUGAAAGGUACCUCAGGACGUCAAGGAGUUUUAGAUUGUUGUGGAAGCAAGGCAGGCGCAGAUUCUGGGAAGGCUAAGGCUGGGGAAAGCAGGCUGCCUGGGGUGAGAGCGCUGUCCCCGUGGGUGUCCUGCUGCCGACACCGCUGUCCGAGGAUUUCCCCGCCCUGCCGAGCGCACAUUGCCACAGACACGUCAGCAGCUGGGGUGCAGUGUUUGGGGUGAGACUGGCCUCUGCCCUCUGGCCACCCCUCUCGUGGGCUCUGGGUUGGCUCUGAGGGAAGUGACCCUUCCCCCUCGGCGCCUCUGGGCUCCCAAAACCCGGGAACGGCGUUGAAAUGUCACCAGGGACUGUCUGGGGGAAAGUCACUCUGAAAAGGCUCCUGGAGGGAGGGCUCAUGCAGGAAAACUGCAUCUGAACAGCUCAGAGGACAUAAACGAUGGUGGGGCUGGAGAUUAGAGCUGUCCCAGCUGGAUAGGGCUGUUUUCCCUGGCAGCCCGCAAAGGUCUUGAGCUCGGGCUGCGCGUUUGCAGUCUUCCACCGACAAAAAAAGGAAAUUUCUGCUCGUAGACGGUGUGUAGCCUGAAAGCCACACCCUGCUCCGGGGAGGUUUUACUUUCAGGCGCUGGGGGAAAGGGAGUUCGAUGCUGACACUGGACACUGGGAAACGCUGGUGGUGCAGCACACGGAACACCCCGAGCCGGGAGGGGCCCGCCGGGACCGCCCGCCAUCCCUGGCAGCGCUGCCCCGACUCCCGGGGCGCCUUCCCCGGGGGAAGAACCUCGGCUGAGAGCCGAGCCGGCCCCGCCCGGCUGAGCCCCCGCUCUGCCCGGCUCCAGGUGCCUGCCUGCCUGCCGGCGAGGAGAUGUCCCUGGAGAUCACCUUCCUGGGCACGGGCGCGGCCUUCCCCUCGCCCUGCCGCGGAGCCUCGGCGCUGGCGCUGCGCAGGGAAGGGCAGUGCUGGCUCUUCGACUGCGGCGAGGGCACGCAGACCCAGCUCAUGAGGAGCCGCCUCCGGGCAGCCAGAAUUACCAAGAUUUUCAUCACUCAUCUUCACGGCGACCACAUUUUUGGGCUUCCCGGGCUGCUGUGCACGCUGAGCCUGCAGAGUAACCCCAAUGCCAGCAAAGCCCCUGUGGAAAUUUACGGACCCCUGGGGCUGAGGAGCUUCCUCUGGAGGAGCCUGGAGCUGUCCCACUCCCAGCUGCUCUUCCCCAUCGCCGUCCACGAGCUCGUCCCCACGCCGGACCAGUGCCCCCCCGAGGAAUUCAGGGACUUCUCUGGCUUGGACGGGGGCGAGGAGCUUGCCCGGGGGCCUCCAGGGCGGGUUCUGCGCCUGGGUCCGGGAGAGGACUCGUACCUGCUGGUGGAGGACGAGCAGCUGGUGGUGCGAGCCUUCCGCCUCUUCCACCGCGUGCCCUCCUUCGGCUUCGUGCUGGAAGAGAAGCCCCGGCCCGGGAGGCUCAACGUGCAGAAACUCAAAGACCUUGGUAGCUAACUCUGGUUGCUUUCACUCUUUUUGCUCCUCCUGUGACCACCCUCCCUGGGGUUGUAGCGGGUCGGAGCUGCUGUCUCUCCCCGCAGUCUGUCCCAGCUCCAUUUUCCAUUUCC